GUCCCGUCCCGUCCGGCCCCGUCCCGCCGCGCGCGCGCUAGCCAUGAGCUCCACGCAGUUCAACAAGGGCCCGUCGUACGGGCUGUCGGCGGAGGUCAAGAACCGGCUCCUGUCCAAGUAUGACCCGCAGAAGGAGGCAGAGCUCCGAAGCUGGAUCGAGGGACUUACCAGCCUCUCCAUCGGCCCCGACUUCCAGAAAGGCCUGAAGGACGGGAUCAUCUUAUGCACACUCAUGAACAAGCUGCAGCCAGGCUCAGUCCCCAAGAUCAACCGCUCCAUGCAGAACUGGCACCAGCUGGAAAACCUUUCCAACUUCAUCAAGGCCAUGGUCAGCUACGGCAUGAACCCCGUGGACCUGUUCGAGGCCAACGACCUGUUUGAGAGCGGGAACCUGACGCAGGUGCAGAUGUCUCUUCUGGCCCUGGCAGGGAAGGCCAAGACUAAGGGGCUGCAGAGCGGGGUGGACAUCGGCGUCAAGUACUCGGAGAAGCAGGAGCGGAACUUCGAUGACGCCACCAUGAAGGCCGGCCAGUGUGUCAUUGGGCUGCAGAUGGGCACCAACAAAUGUGCCAGCCAGUCGGGCAUGACCGCGUACGGCACGAGGAGGCAUCUCUACGACCCCAAGAACCACAUCCUGCCCCCCAUGGACCACUCGACCAUCAGCCUCCAGAUGGGCACCAACAAGUGUGCCAGCCAGGUGGGCAUGACGGCUCCCGGGACGCGGCGGCACAUCUACGACACCAAGCUGGGAACCGACAAGUGCGACAACUCCUCCAUGUCCCUGCAGAUGGGCUACACGCAGGGGGCCAACCAGAGCGGCCAGGUCUUCGGCCUGGGCCGGCAGAUAUACGACCCCAAGUACUGCCCGCAAGGCACAGUGGCCGACGGGGCACCCUCCGACGCUGGCGACCGCCCCGACCCGCGGGAGGCCCCCGAAUAUCCCCCUUACUACCAGGAGGACGCGGGCUACUGAGGCUCCCAGCAUGCUCUCUCCCCACGCCGUCUCCCCGUCUGGGUUUCUGGGGUUCUCUGUGUUUUCAGCUUUUUUUUAUUGACCUGUUCAGUGCUGCCAAUCAGCCGAGGGUCUGUGAGUGGCUCCUGGGAUCAGGCGGCAGGGCUUUCUCCCCCUAGCCUUAAUCCUUCACAGGACUGAGCCACUGGGCUGGCGGGGGAAGGGGUCAAGGCCGUAUCCUGAUGCCUGUAGGGUCAGGGUCCCUGCUGGCAUGUCCAGGCUCUGGGCCGAGCUGUGCUGGGGAGAAGAAGCCUGGGCUUGGAGGGAACCGGUCCCUGAAGAUUUCCGGUUGCCUCGUCUCAUUUUGUCACCCGAUCAGUUUGUGGUUUCUGUACCCGCAAAAGUUUCAGGAAGUAGUAACAAAAGAAAAAUACAUUUUUUUCCCCCCGCAAGGAAUGGGGAGUGGGUGCCGGGCAGUGAGUCCCCUGGAAAGUGGGCCUGGCCAGGAUGCUGAAUAUCUCAGGCUCCCAAGAGGCUGGAUUUCCCUUGGGCCCUCAGACCUGCCCCGGGGCCUGGUGGGGAAAUUGAGGCCUGUACAAGGCAGCGGAAUUCUGAGUUGUUGGGGGCAAGUCUGACCCCGUCUCCAUGCUACCCCGCCCUCCCCAUAGCCCCAGUGGGUUUCUUUUCGUUGUGGCUGUUACCCAGGCUAGAGUGCCGUGGGGCAAUCUUCGCCCACUGCACCUCCCCCUCCCGAGCUCAAGGGAUUCCCUGGCCUCAGCCUCCCAAGUAGCUGGGACUGCAGGUGCUCCACCACACUGGCUAAUUUUUGUAUUUUUGGUAGAGAGACAGGCUUUCACCAUGGUGGCCAGGCUGCUCUCGAACUCCUGGCCUCAGGUGAUCCCCCCACCUCGGCCUCCCCAAAUACUAGGAUUACAGGCAUGAGCCACUGUGCCCGGCCCUUCAGUAGGUUUUCAGGAGCCCCGGCCCUCCUCCUCCCCUUCUGGGCCUGACCAGCUAUACUGCUCCAUCUCCUCAGGCAACACACCCCACCCAGUACUGCACAGGGACCCUCACCCGGGGGCCCUGCUCCAUGAGAUAAUGUGAAACCCAGCUGUGGACCAAACGCAAUAAAACCUCUGUUUGUAAAAAGA